GCAGCGGAGCUGUGCAGCGGUCGGAGGCGGGGAGUCAGUCGGCUCGGUGUGGAGCUUGUGUCGGGCAGCAGGAGGAGGCGACACCGACCGGGGGAGAGAGAAAGAGAGAGAGAGAGAGAGAGAGAAGGAAAGAGAGAGAGACAGGGAGGGAGGACCCACGGACUCAGAGGGAAGACGAUGCAGACAUUCGGAGCUUUGAAACGCGCCGCAGGAAACGGUCGAAGGGUUCGCGCAAAGCGUUCGGUUUUAACGUGGACGGAAAGGGUGUAGACUACGGACACGUUAGUCCCCCCCCCCCCCAACCACCACCACCACCACCAGAACCCACCCCCUCCAAAUAACAACAACAAAAAAAAACAGCGAAAGGAAUCGGCAAGAGGAAAAGAGCCAGCCUUUAGUAUGCUAUUGGAGGAUUUGACUCCACGCUGGCGAGUCCCUUCCAUGUCCGUGUAAUGGAAACGCGCUUCGGCCCCCCCCGGUAGCAUCUGAAAUGCCAGAGCGGAAACACGUGAGCUACUCCCAUGGCUAAUUGUACCGCGGGGCGGUGGCUUGAGUUUGCCGGUGGAUGCACUCAAGAGCCGGGUGCCCUGCCAUGCGCAGCGCCAUGCUAAAGCAACACACUCCUAAUGACAAGGAGCACUCGACUCAACCAGUGGGAAAGCUGUGGAAAAAGUUGGUGGAAAAUCUAUGGUUUGAGCCUCGAUUUUGAUUUCCAUUUUUUUUUUUUUUGACCUAGAUUUUUUUUGUGUAACGCAUCACGAGCUCGGGCGGCUUUCCCCCCGCCGUCUGCAGCGGCUCCGCUUGCUUCUUCUCGCUCCGGCGAGGGGCCUCGAGACUGCGGGCCGGCUUUCUGAGAGGCGCGGGUUUCUAAAAAGAAUUUUUCGCCCGGUCGAGAUGGAUGUUCGACUUUACCGCCGACCUCUGCUGAAGUCGAGAAUGUGAGGGUGGGAAUGAAGGCACCCUUAUGAAGAGGAGGAACAGCAGCACUACAUUAAAAAAAUGGCCCAAACCAGUUUGCUGCAGGGGAAGCGCUUCUACUGCCGGGAGUGGGUCUUCCAUAAGAUCCAGCACUGCCUCCAGGAGAAAACCAACGGCCUCAGCGCAGUGACCGGCACUCCCAGCAAGCAGCAGCCGCCGGUGGCGCCCGCCGGCGGGGCGUCCAACCCGGGCACCCUGACCCCGGGGCCCGCCAAGUCGGGCGGCUCCUGGGGGGUGCUGCUGGUGGGGGGUCCGGGCAGCGGGAAGACGGCGCUGUGCACGGAGCUGCUGUGGCCCACGUCGGCCCUGGGGACGCACCGCGGCCUGCAGCAGCAGAGCCUGGCCUUCCACUUCUGCCGGGCGGACGACUCGGACACGCUUUGCCUCGGCGGGUUCGUCCGAGGCCUGGUGGCCCAGAUGUGCCGCGGCGGGCUGGUGCCGGGGUACGAGGAGAAGGUGCGCGACCCGGCCGUGCAGAGCUCUCUGCAGCCCGGGGAGUGCGAGAGGAACCCCGCGGAGGCCUUCAAGAGAUGUGUCCUCCUGCCUCUGCUGAGCGUCAAGCCCCCUCAGCAGUCUCUCAUCCUGCUGGUGGACUCCAUCGACGAGGGCUGUCAGCUGGGGGAGGGGGAGCAGAGGUCCUCGCCGGGCUCCCCCCGGACCAUCGCCGAGCUGCUGGCCAGUCACCACGAGUUCCUGCCCCCCUGGCUGCUCCUCAUCUGCUCCGCGCGGCGGCAGAACAAGGCCAUCACAAAACUCUUCACAGGGUUCCGCAAGAUCAGCCUCGAUGACCUGCGCAAGGCCUACAUCGUCAAGGAUGUGCAACAGUACAUCCUCCACCGGCUGGACCAGGAGGAGGCCCUGAGGCAGCACCUGACCAAGGAGACGGCCGAGAUGCUCAACCAACUCCACAUCAAAAGCAGCGGCUGCUUCCUCUACCUGGAGCGCGUGCUGGACGGCGUGGUGGAGAACUUCAUCAUGCUCCGCGAGAUCCGCGACAUCCCCGGCACCCUCAACGGCCUCUACCUGUGGCUGUGCCAGAGGCUGUUUGUCAGGAAACAGUUUGCCAAAGUCCAGCCGAUCCUCAACGUGAUCCUGGCGACGUGCAGGCCGCUUACGGUCAAGGAACUGUACCACGCCGUCUGGACCAAAAACAUGACACUGACUAUGGAAGAGUUUCAGAAAAAGAUGGACAUUCUCUCCAAGUUGUUGGUCGACGGCCUCGGGAGCACUAAAAUCCUGUUCCACUACAGUUUCGCCGAGUGGCUGCUAGAUGUUAAGCAUUGCACCCAGAAGUACUUGUGCAAUGCCGCAGAGGGACAUAGAAUGUUGGCGAUGAGUUACACCUGCCGGGCGAAGCAGCUCAAACCCCUCGAAGUGCAGGAAUUUGCUCUGCACCUUGUCAAUUCCAAUCUGCAGAUCGAACCGUUCAAUCUGGCUCUUUGGAUGGUUUGGAAUGGAACGCCCGCUAAAGACUCACUGACCACCUCCAUACCGAGAGAACAGGAGGUCCUGCAGCUUCUGGUCAAGGCUGGAGCGCACGUAAACAACGAGGACGACCACGCGUCGUGUAUCGUACAGCAGGCCCUGGAAAGGGAGGACUCGAUAAGGACACUACUUGACAACGGGGCGUCUGUGAACCAGUUUGACUCCAGUGGGAGAACUCUGCUGGCCAACGCCGCGUACAGCGGGAACCUCGACGUCGUCAACCUGCUCAUAUCCCGAGGGGCGAACAUGGAGCUGGAGGACAACCACGGACAAACGCCACUUACUCUCGCCGCGAGGCAGGGCCACACCAAAGUGGUCAACUGCCUAAUUGGUUGUGAGGCCAACAUAAACCACACGGAUCACGACGGAUGGACCGCCCUGCGCUCAGCGGCGUGGGGGGGGCACUCGGAGGUGGUGUCCGCUCUGCUCUAUGCCGGCGCCAAAGUGGACUGUGCAGACGCCGACGGUAGGACAGCUUUGAGAGCCGCCGCCUGGGGAGGUCACGAAGACAUCGUGUUGAACCUCCUGCAGCACGGGGCUGAGGUCAACAAGGCAGACAAUGAAGGAAGAACGGCUCUCAUUGCAGCAGCAUACAUGGGACACCGAGAGAUCGUCGAGCACCUCCUGGACCACGGGGCCGAAGUUAAUCACGAAGACGUGGACGGAAGGACCGCCCUCUCGGUCGCCGCUCUCUGCGUCCCCGCGAGCAAAGGCCAUGCGUCCGUCGUGAGCCUUCUGAUAGAAAGGGGGGCGGAGGUGGACCACUGUGAUAAAGACUGCAUGACUCCUCUCCUCGUGGCUGGCUAUGAAGGACACGUCGACGUGGUCGAUCUGCUUUUGGAAGGCGGGGCCGAUGUCGACCACACGGACAACAAUGGUCGCACGCCUCUUCUUGCUGCUGCGUCAAUGGGCCACGCCUCUGUCGUCAACACACUGCUUUUCUGGGGGGCUGCGGUUGACAGCAUCGACAGUGAGGGAAGGACGGUGCUGAGCAUUGCAUCCGCUCAGGGUAACGUUGAGGUGGUCAGAACUCUGCUGGACAGAGGUCUGGACGAAAACCACAGGGACGAUGCAGGCUGGACACCGCUGCACAUGGCUUCCUUCGAGGGCCACCGCCAAGUGUGCGACGCCCUUAUUGAGCAAGGUGCUCGUUGUACAGAGGUCGACAAUGACGGUAGAAUACCGCUGAUACUGUCUGCACAAGAGGGACAUUAUGACUGUGUGCAAAUUCUUCUGGAAAACAAGUCGUGCAUUGACGAGAGGGGAUAUGACGGGAGGAAUGCCCUCAGGGUGGCUGGACUUGAAGGCCACAGGGACAUAGUGGAACUGCUGCUGAGCCACGGGGCCGACAUCGACCACAAAGACGCAGACGGACGCCCGACACUCUACAUAUUGGCACUUGAAAACCAGCUGGCCAUGGCCGAGUAUUUCCUUGAGAACGGAGCGAACGUGGAGGCCUCUGACACCGAGGGCAGAACCGCCCUCCACGUGUCCUGCUGGCAAGGGCAUGUUGAAAUGGUGAGGCUGCUGAUUAACUAUCACGCUGACGUGAAUGCCUGUGACAACGAGAAGCGAUCCGCCCUCCAGUCCGCUGCGUGGCAAGGACACACAAAAGUUGUGCAGUUUUUGAUCGAGAACGGCACACAUGUGGACCACACGUGUAACCAGGGAGCCACAGCCCUGGGCAUCGCCGCACAAGAGGGUCACAUUGAUGUGGUGCAAAUACUUCUUGAAAAUGGCGCCGACCCCAACCACGCCGAUCAGUUUGGACGCACGGCGAUGCGAGUGGCAGCAAAGGGCGGCCAUUCCAUGAUCAUCAAACUUCUGGAAAAGUAUGGAGGUACGACUUUAAAUGGCUGCCAUCCGUCUCCGGUCCACACCUUGGAAGAGAAAACACCAUUGACCGUGACUGGUAAGAUGCAGUCGCUCACCAUUAAAUCCAGCAGCUCCGGCAGCACCGGUGCAGGAGAUGUGCAGUCGUCUGGACGCGGCCUCUCCAACGGACCGGUCCAUGCAUUCAGUUCACCCUCGGAAUCUCCCGAUUCCACAGUGGAUAGACAGAAGUCCUCCCUUUCAAAUAAUUCCCUGAAGAGUUCAAAGAACUCGUCCCUGAGAACCACUUCAUCCACGGCCACAGCGCAGACUGUGCCCAUCGACAGCUUCCACGGACUGACCUUCACGGAACAAAUCCAACAGCACUCGUUGCCCCGCAGCCGGAGCAGACAGUCCAUCGUGUCGCCCUCCUCCACGACCAAGUCUAUCGGUCAGCAGCCAUCGUCCCCAUCCAACGACUUUGACUGGUCUCAGUUAAAAUCGGGUCUCAAGUCAUCGAAGGGAAGUAAGAACGGAAACGGGACAUCAAAUAGUAAAGGGCCACCGGGAGACAAGAAGAAAGUCAAGAACAGCGGAUCAAGCCAAGGUCAAGUUCUGGAGUACGAGAUGACACAGUUUGACAAGAGGAUUGCUCUCAACAAAUCGGUAGCCAACAUUUCCGUGAAGGAUCCCCAUUGCAAGAUCGUGAUUGGUGGUUCAAUCCGGCAGGAGAGGGGGCAAAGCCAGGAGCAAUUCUUCAUCCAGCAGCAGAGCUGUGCUGAGAAGAAGAGGAAUGGCAUCAUGACCAACCCCAACUAUCACCAUCUACAGGGUAAUCAGGUUUUCCUGAGUAGGGUAUCGGUUCCUCGGACUGUGCAGAGCAGAGGCCACCAGGAUGUUCUAGAGAGCUAUCCCAUAGGGGAGACCGAGCUAAGCCUUAAACAAGCCCUGAAACUGCAGAUUGAAGGAUCAGACCCCGGGUUUAACUACAAAAAGGAGACGCCGUUGUAGCCGGUCACAGAUACUCUGCUAAGUGGUCCUCCGGUCCGUGUGCUCUUGCUGGAAUACAUCAAGCAUUCGUCUGAAAGUCGGGGACGGGAGAGACGUUGGCUUGUCUCCUCAUUCCCAGUGGCUAAUAACGGACUUCUCACUGACGCUCAAUGGCUCUCGACACGACUUCAGUUGUAUUUAAUCGGACCUGCAUGAAGGCCGCCUCCAUCUGGAUGAGUAGACUUUGUUCCCUUCCCAAACAAAACAUUAAACCCAAAUCAUUCCUGUGCCGCUUUCAGAUGUCUUGACUGCUAUUCCUCGUGGGGACAGUGGGGGGAAUGUGCCAAAGCAGCCGGUUUCAUCCGCGUAAAAACACACUAUUUUUCAUCAGUGGGAGACCUCAAAUGAAUUCCUUGGGACGAUUGUUGAUUGCUGCCCAAGGCUCGUGUGAACUGAUGCAUCGAUGUGCCUACAUCUGUUACCGCCUCCUUUUGUGUAUUCAUGCAAACUAUCAUUUUAAUUUAAUGUUAUGCUAUUUAAUAAACAGUGUAUGCACUUUUAAAAGAGUAAAAUGACAGACAUGCAUUCGUUCUAAUCACUUUGUAUACCAUCCAUGUUUUAUCAAAGUAAUUGUUUGAGGGAAACAUACCAAUGCCUUUUUAUCAUUUUAUGUCAUGUUUGUUCUGUCGACUUUUUCACACUGACAGCAAUGUGCCACUGAGGACAUUGUCCCGAGACUAGAGGACAGCAACUGAUGCAACAGCAUCAGUUUAAGCGCCUUUCUAGAGACCCCAAAUGAUCUGUGUUAACCUUGGAUCGGUGUGCUGCGCCUAUGUUGUGUGUAAUACGUUAAUAACUGUGGCAAUUUACUUCACAAGUAUAUACAAGCAUAUUUAUUUUUGGAAAAAGCCACUUUUGCUGCAUUUUGUGUUGCAUUACGCUCUACCAUGGUGCUGUGUUCAGAAGUUGCCUGCAGUUAUUUUGGACUCCCAAUAUGUUGGUUUUGUGCGUUUUGUGUAUUAUAAAUAUCCAAAAGAGGGAGCUGCAUUGAAAGUUAAAAAAAAAUAAUUAAUUUUGUCCCUGUGGGAUUUCUCAGUUGCUUGUGUUCAUUAUUUUGUGUGUUUAUGAAAACUAUUUAAAUAACUCAUUGUGUACCGUCUGCAAAAAUUUGGUGCCAAACGCAGCAAUUUUGAAUGAAAGGGGUAAUUAAAAAAAAAAAAAAAAACGCAUCCGCAGAGUUACGUGUACAACCAACUGCAAGAAACAAAAUCCCAGCUCUGUUUGCGUCUCGUCGCGUGGUUCAUUUCCAGCAGUUUUAGGCGCAUCGCACAGUGCGACGUUGUGAAGCCAAAGUGUAAACAGCAUAACUCUGUCCCACCGCCUCCCUGUGAGGAGCUGAAUAACGGUUCAACGGGGCUUAACCCCCGCGGGGGGGGGGGGGCUUGAGGGAACUGGAACAUCUGUUUUUCAUGUGCGGAGCCGUGUUGCCGUUUACAGGCCGUGUCAUAUUUUCGCAGGCUUUUCGGUGAGCUAUUUUUCACAGAUAUCUGGGAAUCGGGGGGGGGGGGGGGGGGUCAGUAACCUAUCGCAUGCACAAACGCUUCUACGCCCGAGUGAAAGCUCUCCGCUCUCCAGAGUAGCUCAGAUGUAUGGCGUGUCGGGUCAAUGGAAGGAUGCAAGGCAGGAUGGAGUCUAGACGGCAUACUGUACAGUCUUAUUAAGCAGUUAUUAUCUGGUUUGUCUUGACUGUUUUUGUCUGUCAUCUUUGAUUUGACUGUGUUUGGAUUGUAAAUAGCUUAACAUGUACAUUCUACUUUCAUUUUAAAAUAAUUCCUGUAUUAUAUGAAGUGGAAUUUUCUGAUGUAUAUUAAAGUGCUUAAUAAACAUUUGCUUUACUGCUGAAA